CGCAGCAAUCAUGGACAACACGUGUUUAGAUCAUUAAUUACCACCAGAAGGACAUUCGCUGGAACAUUAGUCAGAGGUCGCGAUUUCCCGCGUCAGCAGAGUACGUACCAUAUGCUAAUGCCGAGUGGCGCUGGACGGCGGCGACCACUCACCACUCAGCAGUACAGCGCUGGCGCGGCGGGCGAGCGCACACUUGUCACUUCAACCAAACUUUGUAAUAAUCGCGAUAUUUCGUCGAGUCGAUAAUUCCACCGCUGCGCUGGCCGCAUUACACCAUUUAAGUGAAAGGGCAAUAUGAAGACUACCGAUUGCCGAUAGCAAGAUAUUUCAACAAAACAAGUGUGGGGGCCUGGCGGGGCCGUCGUCGCAGCCCGACACGCUCGAGGCAGCGGGCGCCGGAGCUCCGCCGGAGAGUGCAGAAUAGAAUCGUCGAGGCGGCUACAGCUGCCACAAAAGAAAGCCUAAAGGCAACGAACUACAGGUCGCCUACUCGAGGAGCAGCCGUAGAGUAAACGGCGAGGCUGCCGAGGCGCACGAUGUCGCUGCGGUUCACGCGCGCGGAGGUGGCGCGCCGCGACCGGCGCGACGACGCGGCCGUCAUCAUCGACAACGCGGUGUACGACGUGACGCGCUUCCUCGACGACCACCCCGGCGGCGCCGACAUCCUGCUGGACAACGCGGGCCGCGACGCCUCGCGCUGCUUCCACGACGUCGGCCACAGCGAGGACGCCAAGCUGUGGCGCGAGCAGUUCCGCGUGGGCGAGGUGGUGGCGGAGGAGCGGCGCGCGGAGCUGGCGCCGCCCGCCGCCGCGCCGGAGCCCGAGCGCGCGCCGGCGCUGCGCGGGCUGCUGGACGCGCUGGCGCCGCCGCUGCUGCUGGCCAGCCUCGCCGUGGCGGUGUACGCCUACCUCUUCUCGUAGCAUCGCUCGAGGGGGAGAUGUGAGGUCGUGGUGUGCGGUGCGGAGUACGGCUGACCGACGGCGAUCAGACUCGGACACUAAUAUAUUGUCCUUAUGUGUGUCCCGGACCCCAGUUAUCUGUUAUGGAGAGUAACUAGAGCCUCGAGUUGUUAGGUAGUUUGUAGUUAUCCACGCUUGGAAAAAUAAUAUACCUACAAGUAAAUAAUAUUUAUAUUUUGUAAAAUGUAAAUAUUUUGAUAAAAACCGGCCAAGUGCGAGUCAGACUCGCGCACUGAGGGUUCCGUACUCGGGUAAUUUUUCCAACA